GGGCUGAGCCUUUGGCUGGAGCAGCACGGCACUGGUGGCCUGGGCUGGUGCCAAGAACCUGCCAUGCUGCGUGCUGACGAAAGGAGAUGGCUAGAGAUACCUCAGUAUGGCUUGUGAGAGUGGGGAGCACCCUGUUUCCCUCUCCAGGUGGGACAAGUACAAUUUCAGUUUGUGGUAAUGAGACAGGAGUGUGUGGUGGCCUCUAUAUAAAGCAGCUCUUAAGUCUCUGUGGUGGGAUUUGUGUAGACUAUUCCUUUGCCAUAGCAAAGAUGCAUCGUUAUUAGAUGCCAGAUCAAGUUGCCAGCUGUGCUAAGCUGCAAUCAAAAUGUCUAAGUAUAGGCUUGUUCUCUUAAGACAUGGGGAAGGAGCCUGGACCAAGGAGAAUCGCUUCUGCAGCUGGGUGGACCAGAAGCUGAGCAGCGAUGGGAUAAAGGAAGCUCAGAACUGUGGCAAACACCUUAAAGCGCUGGGCUUUGAGUUUGACCUUGUCUUCACCUCUGUACUGAGCCGCUCCAUCCAGACUGCAUGGCUGAUCCUGGAAGAGAUGGGCCAAGAGUGGGUCCCCAUUCAGAGUUCCUGGCGGCUGAAUGAGCGUCACUAUGGUGCACUGAUCGGGCUCAACAGAGCAGAAAUGGCUCUGAAUCACGGGGAGGAGCAAGUAAAAAUAUGGAGGAGAAGCUAUGAUGUUACCCCACCUCCCAUAUCUGAAUCUCACCCUUACUACGAAGAGAUAUACAAUGAUCGCCGCUAUAAAUGCAGUGAUGUCUCUCAGGAAAAUCUCCCAAAAGCUGAAAGUCUAAAAGAUGUGCUUGAUAGACUGCUUCCCUAUUGGAAUGAAAAGAUUGUGCCAGAACUAAAAAGUGGCAAAAUGAUUCUUAUCUCUGCUCAUGGUAACAGCAGCAGGGCAUUGCUGAAACAUGUUGAAGGCAUCUCCGAUGAGGACAUCAUCAAUGUUACUCUCCCCACUGGUGUGCCCAUACUUCUUGAACUUGAUGAGAAUUUGCACCCUCUGGGCCCUCACCAGUUUCUGGGUGAUCAAGAAGCUAUCCAAGCUGCCAUCAAAAAAGUGGAAGAUCAAGGGAAAGUAAAAUCUGUUGAGAAGUAAAAUGUCACUGACUAAUGAAGCUGUGUUCAAAGUGUGGUAGUAAGUGACAAUGUAUGUAUGACUGCUGGGUUGUACUGUGUGAAUGUCUCAAUUUCAGGCACUAAAUAAUUGGAAGGGACAAUUGUUGAGUCUCAGGUUGAUAGCUUAACCCUUUGCCUUUUCGAAAACUGGACUUUAGAUCACAGCAUGAGGUUAUCAAUACUGAAAAAAGAAAUGAAGAGAUGAUUCAGGUAAUGGAAACUUGUAAAGCAGUCUGCCCCAGAUCUGGGACUGAGGAUGGCCCAGUACAGAAAAAAAGGUGUGUUAUUGUUGUCCACCAACAAUCAGUCCUAAUCUGUUAAGGAGAAAAGCACCAGCUUACUGGACUAAUUAAGCUAAAACUUUCUCACUGACAAAGUGGCACCAGAUAACUGUUAUCAACUGUGAUUCUUCUGUGUCAGUGGCAAUGACAAUUUGUUGUGGAUGGAUUUCUCUCAGUCUUUCUGAAUACUUCCAGUUGGACAACUCUCUGCCUUUGUUAUUUUGAAUCUUCCAUGGCCAGUUCACGAUCCAGAGAAUUUUGUAGACAUGUUCUGACUGUUAGUUAUCCUAUUUGUCUUUUGUUACACUAUAUUCCAUUUUUUCAAAGGACUCUAGAUGGAAUUCCUUUUCCUCCACUACCUUUGCAAAGCCUAGCAUGACUGCAUUUUCCUGGCUUGCAAUAAUAGCAUCUAACUCAGACUUAAGAACACAAAAGAAGCACAGAGGUUUCCUGCUUAGUGUUUAAGUUAUAAUGAAGCUCUCAGGGACCUGAAUACCUUUGAAACACUUCUGUAACAUUUAACUCAAUAAAACUGGAUAUAGGAACACCCCCCCCACAAGCUUUCCUGAGUUGCAAAGAUAUCCUGAUAAAUAUGUUCUACAGUAAUAUUACUGUGGCAUUAUCUGUAUCAAAUUCUCUGAAGGGCUGGAAGAGAUGUAUGAGGCAGGUAAGAAGUGUUACUGGGUGCAGCUCAUUCAGCCAUGGUGCUUGUAGGGAAGGAUAUUCUGCCAAGCCUGAAAGUGUUCUCCAAUAAACCUCUCCUCACAAUCAUAGCUUGAUUCCUGCUGAGUGUGGCCUUGCUGUUGUUUGGCACUGAUUUUGACCAGUUCACACUGUGGUUGGAUGUCGUGUAGCUCUGAUGUUCUCUUUAUGUACACAAGCAUCGGGGUAAUUCUACUUUUGAAGACUCACUCUUAAUCUUACCUGCAAAUAUGAUGCUGUUACUAAAAUUUAUAUCUGACCCACUGUCACAACACCUGAGCAUCUUGAUUCUGACCUCGCAUACUGGCAUGGGUGUCAUUUGUGUGUGUGCUGUUAGAGCUGAAUGUUCUCAGCAUGGCCCAGGUACAAAUAUUGAUGUUAAUGAGAAUUUCCUUGAUAUGAUGAUAGUAUAAACUUUUACAGUCCUAGGGUAGCUGCUGCUUUGCAGUGAGCAGCUCUGUAAACUCACUUUGUGAGAGGAUGUUUUUUUGUUUUGAGGAAAGUAAUGUGACAGUGUGGUAUGCCUCUGACAGUCUUCCUGACACGUGGAGCAAGGCUUUCCGGGUCUGAUGCCAGGUCAGAGUAGUGUAGCACAUAGUUCAUAAAAGAUUUCUUGCUAGGAGGCAGUUUCUCUUGCAUGAAUUAUGCUUGGGCUUCUCUUUGGUUUUGUUUUUGUAGCCCCUGCAGUAUGAACAAAGUUACAUGUUUCUCUUUUGAACGUAAAGCUGGUAGGUUUCCUCUUUCUUUGUACAAGAAAGGGUUUUUCAGUGUUUGUUUUGGGGUUUUUUUUGUUGUUUUAUGUUUGUUUGUUUGUUUGUUUUUUCUCUGAAAUAUUGUUAGCAGCUUCUCUGCUUCUUUAUUUGAUACUGACUUACUCCUUUAUGGGUUUUUAGUUUUCUGUGUGUAGAGUAACUCUGAAUCUUAGUUGAUACUUUACAAGUCAGUGUGACAGAGUUAGAUUGUUGAUCAGCCAGUGUUCACCUGUGAAUGCCCUGGAAGGGCCUCUGGCACUCAAGUGAUUACAUUCUUCCCCAAACAUUAUAUAAAGUUUACUAUCAAGUAGAAGUUACUGUAGACUUGUAAACAAGACUAGCAGAGCCACCUGUUGUCAGUGGGAACUGCAUGCAUCCAGAUAUGAGUGUACAGGCCAUGUCCAUAUCCCUUUGGCAUUGUGGUAUCGCAGCGUAGAACUUCUUCAGGACUUGAUGUGCAGCUGGAAUAUAUGUGGAAAUUAAACCAGCUGAACUGGGAGAUAUGCUCUCUCUUCCCCUUCUCUUAGAGAACCCAUGCUCUCUUCUGGGCCAUGGAAAGGUGAGGUAGACAGGUAAAUUUGGAGAGCAUUAUUAUUUCUUCUUGCAGCUGAAUGGAUAAAAUUGAUCAAAACAUCCUUUCAGAAGAGUCAUGGGCAGUAAGAAGAGAACACUAAUGUGAUGUUUUCAGGUGAUGCUGUUUUUACAGUGCUACUUAAGAUGUGAACAGUGAUAGUGCCCUGGGAAGUUUGACUUUGAUUUUGACUCCAGAGUGAUGACAAUUUUACAUGCACAUCUGGCAGCAAUAACACCUCGCGAAAGUAUCGGAUGGAACCAACUGGGGAUUUCAUUGUUCUCCUUAAGAUUAUUUUAACACCUUGCAAUGCUUCCUUCUGAAUAGCCUUUUAAUUAAAAUCCUGAUUCAUAAAACAUGUAUAUUGAAGAACAGAAACCACCUUCCAUCAACAGUGGCAUAAAGAUUGUUGAUCUUCAGGCAUAGCUACAUGAGAGGGAGACGUGAGAGUCUUGCUGGUGACUUUAGAGAUCAGUGGUUGGGAAGCAUUUUCCCCAUAUUUGAGUAUGCCUCAAAAUCCUAUAAGGUAACUGAUGUUUUUACAGUUAACAUAAUAGAUGGGUUAAUUUGGUUUGUUUAUGUAUUUUUAACUUGUGGUUCAUAGCAGUAAUAAAUCUAGAUCCUCUUGAAAACCUUUGUAAAUAUGGAGGAGCUGGCAAGUUCUUUCUAGCGCAAUAAAUUCAUCUGAAAAUAGAAUUCAA